AUGGUGGACGUGAAGUGUCUGAGUAACUCUGAAUUACAGAAUGAACUUCAUAAGCUUGGAUUUUUACCUGGGCCAAUACUAUCUUCCACCAGAAAAGUGUAUGAAAAAAAAUUAAAGCAAUUGUUGGUCUCACCUCCCUGUACAUCACCUGUGAUGAAUGGACCCAAAAUGCUGAACAGAGCUCAGGACUAUGAAGACAGUAAAGAGCUUAAUGCCACUAUCAUUUUGAAAGGAAAUAUCAUACUCUCAUCAGAAAAAAACAAGGGACCCAAAAAAAGACCCAAGGCUUCCAGCACUAAACCAAAAGCCCAAGAUAUAUACUGUGUGGAUUAUAAGUGUUCUAAGAAGACAAGGUCUGCCUCAAGAGCACCAAACACCAGAUUCAAAACAGGUAGCAAUACCGAAGAUAAAGACUACUGCGCAGUAAACAGGAGUGUUGGGAGUGAGAACCUAGAAAGGUUCCCAGUUGCCUUAAAGCUGGCUGUGUUUGGCAUCUUUAUCAUUGUGGUAUUUGUCUACAUAACUGUGGAAAAGAAGUCGCUCUUUGGUUAA